AUGACAGAUUCGUUAAAAAUAUGUAAAAUGUUAAAAGAUAUGUUAAACCAGCUUGCCAUUGAGUGUGAUAUGAAAGAAGAUUUCGUGAGGAAAUUACAAGUAGUCGGAAUACUUAAUGGAGCAAACAGAAUUCAGGUCAUGACAGUUGAUCUUCCUAAGGGUUAUAUUACUCGUAUUCAACGCAGAAAGGUCUAUGAAAUUGCUGGUCGUCUAUCAAAAUCCAAACCGCUUGCUUUUGCUCUAAAAGAAAUACUAUGUGCGAAAUCUAUCAUCAUGCAGACAUUCGAUAUAAUAAACAAGAAAGAUGAUGUGGAUCCCGAAAAUUUUCUUGAUGAUUCUGAUGAUCAAGAUGGAUAUCACACACCUCCUAGGACCGUUAUAUCAAAGACAUUUGUGACUCCAAAGAAAGAGGAUAUUCAUCAGGUAUUUAUCGGACUUACUCCUAAUAUUGUGGAACUGAGUAGUGAAGAGUAG